AUGUCAAGUGAUCCGAGUUUUCAUGGCGGUCGUACCAGAACUUACGAACAUGUUCCCGGCAAAUGGCCGUCUCACGUGUACUUAGAAUGGAUCCCGGAUCACAGUCAAUUUACUGUUUUGAAGGAUGUAGUGGAGUAUCUCACCAGUAGUGAGAAUAGUAAUGGUGGGGAUAUAGUAUCGCUGCUGGAGACGGACCUCGGAGUGAAGCUACCGCUCCACAUCAGCCUGUCCGAGACAUUAAUGCUGGAUACGGCUCAAAAAGACCCGUUUCUGAAGGCAGUUACAGAGUACUUUGAGAACAAGAGUGCGAUAGACGUCACCCUCGAUCCCAGUGUGAAGGUGUUACAUAACAAAACUAGAACUCGCCGGUUUCUGUCUCUGCAGGCCAAGGACAGAGCCGAGAAUCUCGCGAAAUGGACCAAAGAUAUCGACACUAUUGCAUAUUCGUUCUGCCAGACCGGUCUGAUAGCUACCGACACUCCACAUAUAUCGAUUGCAUCAAUAGACGGCCCGAUCGAAAAUACGACUGCGACUAUCGUCGAUGGCUCAUCGGAUCAUCACUUGCUCCCUCGUCAUGUUAGCAAACCAGUUUCGUCCUUGGUGAUACAUCUGGACGAGGUGAAAUUACGUAUUGGCAGAGAUGUCCACAUUCUAAACUUAAAGCAUAGAGAUUAG